AUGGCGGAGCUGGGCAAAAAGUAUUGCGUGUAUUGCUUGGCCGAGGUGAGCUCGCUCCGGUUCCGCUGCACCGAGUGCGUCGACAUCGAGCUGUGCCCGGAGUGCUUCUCGGCGGGGGCCGAGAUCGGGCCACACCGGCGUUGGCAUGGUUACCAGCUGGUGGACGGUGGGCGCUUCACGCUCUGGGGCGCUGAGGCCGAGGGCGGGUGGAGCAGCCGCGAAGAGCAGCUCCUCCUGGACGCCAUCGAGCAGUUCGGCUUCGGCAACUGGGAAGAUAUGGCUGCUCAUGUUGGAGCAUCGCGGACACCCCAGGAAGUGAUGGAACACUAUGUGAGCAUGUAUAUACAUGGUAACCUUGGAAAAGCCUGCAUCCCUGACAUUAUUCCAAACAGAGUGACAGAUCAUACCUGCCCAAGCGGUGGUCCACUUUCUCCUAGUCUAACAAUGCCUUUGCCACCCCUGGACAUAUCAGUGGCUGAACAACAACAGCUGGGUUACAUGCCACUUCGUGAUGAUUAUGAGAUUGAGUAUGACCAAGAUGCUGAGACUCUGAUUAGUGGCCUUUCGGUUAAUUAUGAUGACGACGAUGUGGAAAUUGAAUUAAAAAGAGCCCAUGUAGACAUGUAUGUAAGAAAACUGAAGGAAAGGCAGCGCCGAAAGAACAUUGCCCGUGACUACAACCUGGUUCCUGCUUUUCUGGGGAAAGAAAGAAGAGACAAAGAAAAACCUUUGAAACGCAAAAUUACUAAAGAAGAAAAAGAGCUGAGAUUAAAACUACGGUCUCUCUAUCAGUUUAUGUCUUGCAAGGAGUUUGAUGACUUUUUUGAAAACCUACACAAGGAGAAGAUACUUCGAACCAAGAUUAGGGAACUACAGCGGUAUCGACGGAAUGGUAUAACCAAAAUGGAAGAGUCUGCAGAAUAUGAAGCAGCCAGACACAAACGAGAAAAAAGGAAAGAAAAUAAAAACAUUAGUACUUCUAAAAGAGGAAAAGAAGAUGGUAAAGAUGGUGAAUUUGCUACAAUUGAAAAUCUACCUGGUUUUGAAUUAUUAUCUGACCGAGAGAAAGUACUUUGUAGUUCUAUUAAUCUGAGUCCUGCACGUUAUGUGACUGUUAAAACUAUCAUCAUUAAAGAUCAUCUUCAAAAAAGACAGGGCAUUCCAUCAAAAAGUCGUCUACCUAGUUACUUGGAUAAAGUACUAAAGAAAAGGAUUUUGAAUUUCUUAACGGAAAGUGGUUGGAUAUCAAGGGAUGCUUCCUGAAUCUUGUCUGCUUUGGAAUAGCAUUAUGAACUAAGGACCCAUUGUUGUCAAGAAUAGUCUGUUUACCUGCCUCUUUAAAACACAAACACACCUAGGCUAUAUCUUGUUUAAUGCCAACUCCUCAACCAAUAGAUUUUUCUGAAUUAGAUCAUGCAAAUGGUAAAUUCUACUUUGUGCCCUACACUUGGAAGUCAUCUUGUAAAAAACAUUAUGAUGAAAUGGCUCAUUGAUCUGUUGACUAGUCUCUCAAAUGUGAAACAUGAAGCCCUAGCAAUAGUUUUUGAGUAUUUAUGCCAUACAAGCUAUUUUUGUAGGGAGUGGGAGAACCUUCAGUUGUGGGCUUUUUGUUUUUGUUUUUGAUGUAGUGCUGUCUGGGGAUGCCAUUUUCUGCACAUUUACAUUGGAAGCAAGACGCAUUGAAUCUUCUGGGUUCUUUGCUGGAAUAUCUGUGCAUGUGCUGCAUGUGCCUCUUAAUCUUGGCUACUGAAUUACAAAAGCACAACAAGAUUAAGAUUUGUUGAUGAGCAUCUUUAGUCGUGAUGCCGCUUUGUUGAUCAUUGGCAAAGCAUUGUAUUCUGCUUUACUAUUAGCAAAAUAUCAGGCAAGAGGGCAUUAAAAACAAAGUAUUUCAUGAAGAACAGCUUUAAUGCUAGAUUGGCUUAUUUUUCUAGGGAUGGGCAAAUUCCAGGGGUUAAUUUUAUCUCUUAGGGACUUGCCAAGUUCCUCACACACAUCAAAAUAUGAGUUUUUUCUUUUUUGAGAAAACCACUGGAAACAGAUCCCUCCCAUCCUAAAGCAGAAUUGAGAAUCAUAUUGCCCUCCCAUUGGUUGCCACUUUCUCAUCAUUCAAAAUGCUAACUAGCACUUCUGGGAAUUGCCAUUAGGAAGGAUUUGGAAGGCUAUAUAAUUAUAUCAUUCUCAACUAUAGCAAGGAUUCCAUCAUUAACAGCUCACCUUUUUCAGUUAUUUGGCUUUGAGCAGGCUAAAUGAUUUCAACCCUUGAUCUGGUUAAAUAUAGACUAACUCCCAUUGGAAGACCUGGCAAAUACGUUGUGUCCCAAUGUACUACAUGCAGUGGUGAUGAGCCAAGAUCUCUAGUGGGUUACUGCUUUUUUUACGAGUUUCAUUUGAUCCAAAGAAAAAUGAGAGUCAGCCAAACUAUUCUGUUUAUUUUAAAACUUUUUACAUAAUAGAUUUCAGGUAGUUUGCACCCAGUUAUGAUGACCAAAAAACACAUCGCUCACCAGGCCUGAAAGUGACUAGGCAACCUCCUUCGUUUUUCAGAUUUUGCAGACAAUAAAAUAGGAGACUAUCUGAGCAACAUUUGGGAAUCAGUUGCAAGUAAUGGAGGCUCAAAUUGGGAAUGAUGCCGUAUGCCAUUGUAACGGGUGGUAGAGAGGACAAACUUGAAGAUUAGUCAGGGCUGUUUUUGUAUAGUGUUAUAUUCACUCAUCCAUUGCCAUUUUAUUGGCUGUUAGAGCAGACACAACUUUGGCCAUUGUCCAGGAAUCUGUAGACUUUACCCAGUGCCUUCUUUGUAAGAACAGUUCUGUUUGCACCUCUCCAAACAGCAUAUAAACCUGGGAUGAUGGUGGCUCUAGAAACAGUUUUGCUGUGUGAUGUAGAAAGAAAAUGUUGAAAGCAGUCGGGAUUGGAUGUAUACAAGUUUUCCAACAUCAGCAGAGGCCAUACUAAUUAUGUCUGAUACUCCAGUGAUGCUGUCUAUCUACUUAGUUUGCUAGAGAUUGAACCUUGCUGCUUGCUACCUACUUUUAUCUACAUUCAGAACUUUCUGGGCCUUGAAAACACAGGUCUCUGUACAACAUGGGCAGCACAAUCAUAAGUUUACAGCAGUCAUUUUGAUUUCAGUGGGACUUUGUCCACAGUGAAUGUGCUUAAAAUUACAGCCUUAAGGUUCCUGUUUUCUUAAAACUCUUUGUGAAUACAGUGCUGUUAUACACAUGCAGAAUUCUGGACUUUUCCAUUUCAGACUUGAGUGGUGCAUUGUACUUUAAAUGUUCCUUCCAUGUAAUAAACUAGCAGAGUCAAGGGCAGCUUAGAGAAGCAUUAAAAUGACAUACCACUUGCUGUCCAUGGUCGCAUAGUCUACCACCUCGAUUUGCUGCAGAUCUAGCCUGUCUGUUACAAGCAGUCUGUUAUUGCAUAUUUUAAUGUUUCAUCAUUAAUGUAUAGCUCUAUAUAGCUAUUACGGGGUAAUUUUGGCAUAUUCCAACUUCUAGCAAUUGAUGAACAUACUAAUGAUAUGAAGGCCACAGUCCCCCCCCGCCCAAAAGUUCAGUUUCCGUGCUUCUCAUUAUGUUCUUUCUCAAAUUGUGAGUUUAAUUACUAUUUUGCCUUGAGAACUCUGCUCACAAGCUUUGAAGUUUUGUAUCAGGAGCGGAAAGCAUGUGACUCACCAGAUGUCAAGCUCCCCAGCAGCCUUAACCAGAAUAGGCAAUAGUGAGGAAUUCUGGAAGUAGUAGUCCAACAGAUGGAGGACCAUGUGAUUCCCAGCCAUGUCAUAUAUUUGAUACAGAGCUUUAGAUUUUGGCCUUUAUCGAGAGACAGUCCCAUUGAAGACAAUGGGGCUGAAGCACAAGUAACUCUCAGGAAGGGCACAGUUCUUCCAGGUGGUCCAGACCUUUUUAAAAUUCCUAAACUUUCUUAUACAGGUUCCAUUAUUUAGAUGUUUAUUAAGGUUUAGCAGAUCCAUAAGAAAUUGACUGUUAGUCUGUAUGCUAUCCAUACAUCUGGUAGUUCAUUACAAAUAAUUUCAGAUAGGGAAGAUUAAAGCCUUACAUUUUAUUAGCCUUUUACUGCUGCUUGAGAGAAGCAACUGGUGCUAAACGUAACUGAUUGAUAUUCCAAACAUGUUUUCAGUUUGUGCAUUUAUUACACAUCUGCAAAGGUUUUACAUUUUCACAAGAAACAAAUCUUCCUGCAAAGCCUCUUCAAAAAUUUACAAAUAAACAUUUUAAUAUCACUAAUGUUUCAUUAACAUUAUUUAGAAGUAAAUUACUAAAUGAAAUCACUGAGCUAGUGCCUGAAAUCUGAAAUAUGCAUGGCAGAAUUAUUUCCUAACAAACAAACAUGUAAAUAGCAUUGGGACUACUUUCAUUGUCCAGGAAAGACGAAUCAAACUAUUUACUGCAUGUUGUGUUGUUAUAGAAUCAACCAGAUUUUGACAAAAUUUUAGAUCAAUACUGCACUAUCAGAGCACAUUUGAGGGAAAUCUAGUCAAGUAAUUUUGUACUGCUGCACAAGUACAGGCAGUCCCCAACUUACAAACGGCUCAUAGUUACAAAUGGGGGUGAGGCAACAGGAAGUGAGAGAAAUCUACUCCCAGGAAGAGAAAUUCACUCCUGAAAUCAUAAUUUAGGGGAAAAUGCGUCUCAACCAAAGCUUUAUCACCAAGCCUUGUUUCCACAGAAUGCCAGAUUUUUCAAAAUCCAAUUAUCACAGGGAUAGAAAGUGGGGUGAAAUCUGAAUGGGCACAUACAGCAACACUAACACCACAGGGGUGUUAGCUUUUCCCUGUGCUAUCCAAAGCUUUAUAUAGAGAGAGACAGAGAGGGAGAAAGAGAGAGAAUAUAUAUAUGUAUAUGUAUGUAUGUAUGGCUGGAGUUACAUUUUAAAAAGUACCUGUCCAAACGUACAUACAAAUGAAACUUAAGAACAAACCUACAGAACCUAUCUUGUUCAGAACAUGGGGACUGCCUGUAUAGUAAUAUCACUUUCCCUUUUCCAUUAAAAUGAAAUUAUUAAAAGCGCUCCACAAUUUCAUAUGGCAUCUUUCUAAUGGUGCAUACUGUGCUGUAGAUACAGGUGGCUUGUCAAUUCUACUAAUCUCUAGAACUGCAGAAAGGGAAGUGGAACUACCCUACAAAACUUAGGAUGUUUUGAUUUUCUACUUGCCGAUUACUCAGAGCACUUUUGCAAAACCAACAAAAGUCUUUCACGGUAAAGAAAGGUACAAAGCUAUAUCUACGUCUUCACACUUGGCAGGUAUUCCAAGCACCUGAGAAGUGAAGACAUACUUGCUCAGCAGCUUGGGAGAAAGGUUACUUUCAUAUUGCACAGGAAAUGUCUUUAAGUAUUGCUUUUGGGUUGGCCUUCAGCAGCAGCAAUAUGAAGGUAUACUAGUACCCAAUUCUGAUGAACAACUGCUGUGAAGAGGAACAUAAUCAAACUUAACUAGUAGGAUUUUGCCUGCAUUAGGCUGUAUAGUUGUUUAAUAUAAAGCCCUGCUGAGCAAAAACUACAAGGGGAAGGCAUUUUCAUUAGAUGUACAAGUGGCAAAUUGAGAUUUAGUUGAGCACCAUAUGCUACAUGGAUCAAUAUGCAAAUAGUUCCAUAGACACAGAAUACACCAGUCAAUAUAGCCAAAUCAGUGUAAACAAAAUUUCAAGAACAAUGUAGAAUCAAUUCGGGGACAUUUUAAAAAAUAGUAUCCACAUUUACAUAUCCAAAAAAGUCAAGUUGGAGACCAGCACUUUCCUAUGUUGAGCAUUCUUUCUGUAAUCACAAAAAAGAAACAAUAUUCUAUAUCAGGAUGUCAAAUCUAAUUUUAUCGAGGGCCACAUCAGCCUUAUGGUUGCCUUCAAAGGGCUGUUUGCAAUCGUAAGAUUGCAUAAAUGUUGCACUGGCAUUGAAAGCCUCAUGGACCACUAAAAAUGACGCAGUGGGCUGGAUUUGGCCAAGCCUUGCAUUUGACACAUGUGCUUACUUGAAUUAAAAUAAUACGGAAAUCCAUAGCCAUACUAAAAAUGCCAGAGUGAGGACCUUAUGUAGCAUUUCAGUACAAGUGAACAAGGUAAGAAAAACAUGUUGUCAUGAACAGGUUCUAUAAGUACUCAAGCGAUUGGGGGGGGGGGGGAGGCUUCAUCAAAAUUAGAUUUUGAUAUGAACAGUGGAUAAGUUGAGGAUCAUUCUGCAGAGAAAAAAGUGCCAGUGCUGACUUUGGGUCAGCCAUCCCACAUUAUUCCUACUUAGGCAUUCAAAAAGUCCAGAAACAGCAUUGCAGCCGAUUAAAAAGGGGGUGCUUCUUUUAUGGUCUUCCAGGAUGAAUACAGCUUGUUCCUUCUGCUACUCUACUUAGAGAGGGGGAGGAUACCUUUUUGAAAAUUAGAUUUAAAGUAUAGUACUUACAUUGUGUUUUGAAUCAAUUUUGACAAGAUUGCCUUUAUGAGCCAACUUUUAAAAAAGGGUUGGGAAAGUAUUAUGGCUGGUUUUACAUACUUAGUAAAACAUCUAAUUUACUCCUGAAAAAGUUAGAAAAAAAUAUCAGCCACUCAAGGAUCUUAAUGAGCUUAACAGUUUUGCUCUCGCCAAAACAACCUUUAUUUUUAUACUGUCAGGAACAGAAAUCAUGUGGCCCAGCUCCCACCACUGGAACCUCUAGUUCAACAACACCUGAUGGCACGUGUCAUUGCCAAUCCAAGGUAAGAGACAGGUUUGUUUUGUUUUUUUU